AUGGAAUCAUUAAAAAGUUUUGUUCGAUACAGCUGGAAUUCUUCGCCCAAAGUACGUUCAAAUGUCAUUAAUGAUCUCAUCGAAAGCAUGAAAACCAAUCAAAUGGAUGAUGUUCCCGAUCCGGCGUUGAAGAUCUUAGCACAUACAAUCGGUCAAUUGAUUCCGUUGUAUACAACAACCAAAUCACGCGUUCUUCUUGGUCAACUUUUGGAUGAAGUUAUCGUAAAAUACAAAGAAAGAAUAAUAAAAUUGAUUGUCAAUGCAUUUGAUGCACAAUCUCGAGCAAUAUGCAAAGUGCAUUCUCAUCGAAAUGCACGGGUACAAGCUGAUUACGGGUUUCUAUACAUGUCAAGAAUUACAAUCGCGAUUAAAGGAUUAACAAUCGAUGAAGAAACAGAUCAAUUAAUAUUGUUAAUCUUUUCAAGGUUUACUUCGACUUUAUUAGCCGAUUCAUCGUUGUCAACAGGAAUGAAUUUGACUGAUAAACGUCUGAAAUAUUUAUUUCAACAGGUAUCAGUUCCAACAUUGCCCGAACGUUGGGUCACACGAUUGAAAUCGAUCACUGAACUUGAUCUAGCUCAUCUGGGUUUGAUCAGCGCACUGUUGUAUCGAUUCAAAACAAGUGAACCAGCAUUAUACGAGCAAGUCAAAACGAUUGGUAUCGAAUCCUAUACGAAACUCAUUCUUGGCACACGGACAAAACCGUAUAAUGCAGCACUGAAACCUUGCCAGGAAAUUAUUAGCUCCAUCGACAUCGAAACAUUCAAGACAACUGUCUAUCCAGUUUUGAAUCGAUCACUUCUUCGUAACCCCGAAACCAUCAUCGAAGCUGUGCCGAUGUUACUUAGUAACUUACAAUUCGAUUUGAGCUAUACGGCAAUUGAACUCGCUAAACUUUUAGCUUCACCAUUGGUAUCGAAAGCUGAAAGUUUAGAGGCAUCUGCAUUAGCUUCAUUUCGAACUCUCGGACGGCAAAUUGUCAAUGGUGAAACAACGCUCAAUAUGGUAUACUAUCUUUUCAAUAUCCUCAAUGGAACGGAUUCAUCUGUGAAUAAACUUACGGUGAUAAGUCAACGUGAGAAUGUUCUCAAUGCAAUCGGUGCAUUGAGUCGAUCACCGAGUACCAAUAUAUCGCAGGAAGAGAUUUUGAAAUUAUUUGAAAAGUAUUUCUACCCAAUGAUCCAACAAGAGGUACACGAAGGUCUUAUUUGCCACAUGUUACAACAAAUUACCCAAUGGUGUUCGAGAUUAACAACUGUUAAUCAAACGUUGACAGACUUCUUUAAAAAAGGACUCGAACAAAAGACGAGUACAGCGAUUACACGAACCGCAUAUCUCCAAUGUAUGUUAGUAGCGUACAAAGAAGAUACAUUAGCGUCGUUAAUUCCAUUACAUUCAACAUUGAUGGCAUCGUACGAGCGCGGUCUUAAUCAACCAACAUUGAUUAUUUGUCUUCAAGAAGCUUUGUUAGCAGCAUUACUUAUGGUGAAUAUUGCUCAAAUGAAUUCGUCAUAUGAUAAUAAAUUAACAUCGUUUUGGUCAACAUUGAAUGAUAGUAAACGACAAAUUUUUACAACGGACAAAUUUCAACGAGAAAUCAAUGCAGCUGGUGCUCGUGCGUACUUUCAAUUCUAUGAACAGCUUCAUGGAACAUUACAUAUACAAGAUAUGGGACCGUACACUCGAACAUUUAUUUACAUCGUUUUACAUUCAUCUUAUGAAGUACGAAAAUUCGCCUAUGAUAUCAUUCGUCGGCUGGUCAAUAACUUGCGUUCUAGCGAAACUGAUAUCAGUCUAGCCCUGCUGAAUGGAUUGGACUCAUAUCUUGAUCGUUUUCAAGCAUCAAAUGAAUCGGCGACAACUAGCGACGAAACGAGCCAACAGACGAAAUUAACAACUGUAUCGAAAGGUUUUGAAGAAACAGUCCUGUGCUUAGCAAAAUCGAUGAGAAUGCAAGAUGAACAACUAAAGGUUACACUCUGCGUUCGCACAUUACUCAUUUGCUGUCUCAGUGCUCAACUUCUGUCUACGGACAACAAAUUGUGGCUGAAGUUUCUCUAUUUAAUCUUUGAUAAACAACCAAACGAAAUUCAGAACUUUUUACAAAAUCAUACUGACGCAUUGAUACAAAUCUGUACGUCAACUCAACGACUACAAAAGAGUCAAAUAUCGGCCAUCGGUUUGCUAUGUUCGCUCAAACCUAAUCUUUUCCUAAAACCAUUCCUUCAACUCGCUUAUCAGCGUCUUGAAACCGAUCGUUAUCUGGCAGUCAAUCAAAAAUCGUAUGAAAUCAUGAAAACGCCAACGGGACAGCUGUACGAUAAGAACGUCAUGGAAACAAUAUUAAAACACGAAGCGAAAGAUACCGGAAAUGUUAAACGAGAAAGCAAAAACUAUUCUUAUAAAGAACAAAUGGCAGCAAGAGAAUUAGAAAAGGAAUUGGCAGCUAAACAGAAUAAGACUGAUACACCUCAAUUAACAAAAAAACAACAAGAAAUGCUUCAACAACAACUCGACCUCGAACAAACCAUCCGAGAAAGUACCAAGAAAAUUGAUGAAGAUGCGAAGAAUGUUUUCGAAUUGUUUACAACAAUUGUCGAAAGUACACAAGAACAAUUCAUUCCUCAUCUUGGCGAAUUUGUCGUUCAUAUUUGGCCAGUUUUACAGUCACCAUUGGCAUUCAAUUAUGCCAAAGAUGUCUAUAUCGCUCUCGUCCCGAUUGUUUUCAUGAACGACAAAGAUACAUUCGGUUAUGCCAUUGCUAAUUUAGCUAUUCGACUGAAUUGCAGUGCAUCGAAAGUCAGCCAACAAGUGGAAAAACGAUGGUUACAGGAAGAUCUCACAGUAGGAAUUGAACGUUUGUUACAACGUUUAUUGGAAAAUACUCAACAAGCGAAACUAUGUAAUCAAUUGUCGAUUGCUCGGCUGGAUUAUUGUUUGCCUUUAUUUAAAAACGUCGUGACACAUUCGAAAUGCAAAGAUGAAUGGGUUACAUCGAUAUUGAACAUUUGUCGAGAAUACUUUUCUAUCGUUUCAACCACUGACAUCGACAAUCAUCCAUCGUUAUUGCCACGUCGCGACCUUAUUCGAUUAUUUCUCGACAUCAAUGCUAUAUCAAAAUCUGUUCAAGUUCAAAAUGAUGCAACCGAACUACUUGAAAAACUGUGUGAAUUGUGUUGCACUUAUGAAAGUGAUGAUGAUAUUCAAGUUUUACUUGAUAAUCUUCGAUCGUCAAUUCCAAGUGUACGAGAAAGUUGCAUUUUAUCAUUGAAAAAAUUGGUCACACAAUUAGGUUCUGCACAUCCAUCAAUUCAAGCUGAUAUUGCACGACGAUUAUUAAUUGCUUGCGAAGAUUCCGAAGAGCGAGUGAAAAAUAUUGCGAUAGAACUAUGGCCUCAAGCAAAAUUAUUGGUCAAGGCUGAAAAUGUCAAAGAUUUUCUCAAAGAUAUCGUCCACCCAGAUCCGGCAGUUCGUGAACCAGCAACGUGUGCACUACCUAAACUAUUAGAAACAACACACCGUCAAUUAGUACCGUUCAUUCUCAAUGAUCUCUUCGAAAUUUACACCAAAAAUAAUAAACUACCAUUACCAGCAGUCGAUCAGUAUGGACGACAACUUGAAGCUAAACCAAUCGAUACGUGGGAACCACGUGCCGGUGUGGCCGCAUGUCUUUUCCAUAUGGCAGCUCUUGUAGGCGAUAAUAUUGAAGAGUUAUUCAAAUUUUAUGUUCAAAUUGCAUUGAAUGAUCGAAACGCCGAUAUUCGAAGUGAAAUGCUUCGAGCUGCCACGACAACUAUUGAUAUUCAUGGACGAGAAAACUUAACCAUGCUAUUGCAAAUUAUGGAAGAUUUUCUGAAAGAAGCACCUAAAACAGCUGAUUACGAUUCUGUUCGACAGAGUGUCGUUAUCCUUAUGGGUAAAUUAGCAAAAGACAUGGAUAAAGAUAGUACAAAAGUUAAGAAUAUUCUUGGACAACUUAUAUCCACGUUGAAGACUCCAUCUCAACAGGUUCAAGCAGCUGUUGCAGACUGUCUUCCGCCUCUAGUCCCAGCUAUCAAAGAUGAAGCUGGUGCCUAUGUGCAACAAUUGAUGAAUCUUUUAUUACAAUCGCAAGAUUAUGCUGAGAAGAAAGGAGCUGCUUAUGGUCUCGCUGGUUUUAUCAAAGGUUUAGGUAUUCUUGCUGUGAAACAGUACAAUGUUCUUACAGAUUUAACUGAUGCUAUCCAAGAUAAAACGAAUGCCACGCGUCGAGAAGGUGCACUUUUUGGUUUGGAAAUGUUAACAACGAUGUUAGGCCGAUUGUUCGAAGUUUAUAUCGUCAAUAUCUUACCACAUUUACUUUUAUGUUUUGGUGAUAAUGACGCUAAAGUUCGUGAAGCGGCAGAAGAUUGUGCAAGAGCAAUUAUGAGCAAAUUGACCAGUCAUGGUGUGAAAAUUGUUUUGCCAGGCUUGUUAAAAGGCUUAGAAUCCGAUUUAUGGCGGACAAAAUGUGGAGCAGUUGAAUUGCUUGGUGCGAUGGCACAUUGUGCCCCGAAACAAUUAUCAACUUGUUUGCCAAGUAUUGUUCCGAAAUUAAUCGAAGUUCUUACUGAUUCCCAUCAACGUGUACAAAAGAGUGGUACACAAGCUUUGAAACAAAUUGGUUCUGUCAUCAAGAAUCCUGAAAUUCAAGCAAUCGUUCCUAUUCUUCUCGAUGCUCUACAGGAACCGACGAAAAAAACUCAAGCAUCACUUCAAACAUUAAUUCAAACACGCUUCGUUCAUUUUAUUGAUGCGCCAUCACUUGCCUUAAUCGUACCCGUAGUUGAACGCGCCUUUCAGAAUCGUUCGACAGAAACAAGAAAGAUGGCUGCACAGAUUAUUGGCAACAUCUAUUCAUUGACAGACUCGAAAGAUCUAGCGCCGUAUUUAGCAAAUAUUCUUCCUGGCUUGAAAACAUCUUUACUUGAUCCAGUUCCAGAAGUUCGUGCUGUUUCGGCGCAUGCUCUUGGGUCAAUGGUUCGGGCUAUGGGCGAAGAAGCAUUUCAAGAAAUCGUUCCGUGGCUUAUGGAACAUUUGGUUUUGGAAUCCAGUUCAGUUGAUCGUUCUGGCGCUGCUCAAGGCUUAAGUGAAGUUAUAUUUGGUCUCGGCGCUGAUCGUCUUGAAAAAUCAAUGAAAGAAAUCAUUGAUCGAUCGCAGCAAAUGGAUCUGGCUGCACAUGUUCGCGAUGGUUAUAUGAUGAUGUUUAUCUAUUUGCCGAUAAGUUUUGGAGAGAACUUCGUUCCAUAUGUCGGCAAAAUUAUUCCACCGAUAUUAAAAGGUUUGGCAGAUGAAACAGAAUUCGUUCGUGAUACUGCAUUGAAAGCUGGUCAACGUAUCAUCAACAGUUAUGCCGAAACAGCUAUAUCAUUAUUCGUACCAGAACUCGAACAAGGUCUCUUCGAUGAUAACUGGCGUAUACGUUACAGUUCAGUACUAUUAUUGGGUGAGCUUCUAUUCAAAGUUUCGGGUGUUACUGGCAAAGCAACAACUGAAAGUGUCGAUGACGAUGAUAACUUUGGUACAGAAUAUGGCUUACAAUCUAUUACGCAUGCGUUAAGUCGAGAACGACGUGACACAGUAUUGUCAGGUCUUUAUAUGGGUCGAUCGGAUAUUGCUGUUACAGUACGACAAUCUGCUUUACACGUAUGGAAAACAAUUAUAUCGAAUACACCACGCACGUUACGAGAAAUUCUACACACAUUGUUUACACUUUUAUUGGGUUGUUUGGCAAGUGCCAAUUUUGACAAAAGACAAAUUGCGGCAAGAACAUUGGGCGAUUUGGUUAGAAAAUUAGGUGAACGGGUCUUACCCGAAAUCAUUCCCAUUCUCGAAAAAGGUCUCGAUUCAACAGAGAGUGACCAACGUCAAGGUGUUUGUAUUGGCCUCAGUGAAAUAAUGACAGCGUGCAGUCGAGAAUACAUCAUUGCUUUUUCAAGUACAAUUAUCCCAACUGUUCGACGGGCUCUACUCGAUCCAUUACUUGAAGUUCGUCAAUCAGCUGCGAAAACUUUUGAAAAUCUUCAUUCGAGUAUUGGUACUCAAGCAUUGGAUGAAAUCUUACCAUAUUUAUUAAAUGUUAUGCAAAAGGAACCUGCACCACACGGCACCUCAGCAACAACAGUCAAAACAUCAGACGGUGAAGAGCCUGAAGAGACUGAACGUGACUAUGCUCUCGAUGCGUUACAACGUAUCAUGCAAUUAAAAGCACGUGUCGUUCUACCGUACCUUGUUCCUCACCUUAUUCAACCACCAGUAGAUAUAAAGGCAUUAGCUAGUUUAACAUUAGUUGCCGGUGAAGGCCUAGCACGCCAUUUGAGCCGUAUCAUUCAAGCAGUGGUUGCACACAUUGCUGAAGAGAAAGAUGCCGAUGCUCGUCAACAACAUAUCUACUACGCUGAACAAUUGAUGUCAUCGGUCUCGGACAAUGAUGGUAUCCUCAUAAUCAUCCGUGAAUUACAAGAUUUUUCACGUUCGAACAAAGCAAAUGUUCGACUGGUGACUAUCAACUUAUUAUUAUCAUUCUGCAAAGGAUCGAAAGGUACACACCAAGAGCACAUUGAUGAUCUUCUCCGUAUUGCUAUUAAUUUAUUAAAUGAUGAAAACGAACAAAUAUUGAACACUGCAUGGGAUUGCGUGGAUGUUAUCAUCAAAGAUUUGGAUCCAUUGGAACUACAAAAACGUCUACCAAUCGUUCGACAAGCAUUACGUACAGCUCAGUCGAGUGGUCGAGAACGUGGUCGACUCGUUGGUUUAUGUAUACCGAAAAAGGGUAUUGGAUGUAUUUUGCCUAUAUACAAAGAGUGUAUUCUUAAUGGUCCACCCGAAUUACGUGAAUCAGGUGCUAACGGUUUGAACGAAGCGAUCAAUUUAUCUGAUGCCGAAGCGUUGAAAUCAUCCAUUAUGAAUGUCACAGGCCCAUUGAUUCGUGUAUUGGGUGAACGAUUUAGCACCGAUAUCAAAGUGGCUAUUCUCGAAACGUUGAGUACAUUCAUGGCAAAGGUUGGUGUUCAAUUAAAACCAUUUUUACCUCAACUUCAACCGACACUUCUCAAAGGUCUCAAUGAUCCUGCACGUCAAGUUCGUAUUAAAGCUGGUAACGCUCUCGGAUUACUCAGUCAGAUUCAUGUCCGAAUCGAUCCGAUCUUCGUUGAGCUUCUUAAUGGAUUAAAAGUGAACGACGAUCCAUCCUUCAAAGAGACAUAUUUACUGGCAUUGAAGAAUUGUUUAACAGCUGUCGCGUCUAAACUUUCUGAUGAUGUGAAAAAACAAACCGAACAAUCACUAACCAAUUGUCAAACAAAUGAAAAUGAUCUUGUUCGACAGUUAGCAUCAAAUUGCAAAGGAAUUCUCUUAUCACCUAAUUAA